CGGGGGCGGGGCCGGCGGGGCGCGGGGGAAGGAGCGGCGGGAGCGCGGGGAUGCGCUGCCCGGCCCGGCGCCCGGCCCGGCCGCUCUUGUUCUCCUGCGGGCUCCGCCGCGCCAGUGCUGCAAGUUGAUUGAAUAAAGUUAAAAGCAUGGAAUACUGUAUGGACGCAGUUCCUUAAGCACCGCUUCUUCCAGAGUAUAUAUUCUGCAGAUUGACUUGAAUGAUUGGUUGGUAAGCGGCAAUACACAAGACUAAUAUCAAGAAAACCUUCUCUUCUCCUGCUGUGUUUGACAAAACUGGUGCAGAGUCACAUCUGAAAUGCAGUUGAAAAAGAUGAGGGAAAUUUUACCGACACUGUAUGCUGGACAGGUUAAUGAUGAAAAUAAUACCUUAACUACAUCGCCAAAGCAAUCUUCUGAGGACAAAACAAAUCCAUCAAAAGGGGAUGGUGAGCAAAACUGCUGUUACCAGGGAUCUGAAGCUGAGAUUAAUACGUUGUCACUGAUAAGCUGUGUAAAAUGCAGAAGUGUUCAGAAACUUUCAUUGCAAGAUAUAGAAGAGCAUAAGAAGCUUGGGUGGACUGAAGAUAAAAUUUUCAUCUGCAAGAAAUGUAGUAGGAUUACACCACCAGCUUUACAUUUUGUUCCCAAGGGUGCCAAUGCUGUAGAGUUUGAAAAACCUGAAAAAAAAUCCCAAAGUAAAACUCAUAAAACUUUUAAAGUUAAAAACUUUCUGCCUGGUAAAUACUACUGUGAUAAAUGUAGAUUUUCAACAAAGGAUCCCCUGCAGUAUAAAAAGCACGUAAGUCAACAUGAAGAAAUUAAAUUUAUUUGUUCCCACUGUAAUCAUAUAUCCUACACCAAAGGAGAAUUCCAGAGACAUUUAGUGAAACACACUGGAACUUUUCCGUAUCAUUGUGAAUACUGUGAGUAUGGUGCUGUUAGGCAUGAUUAUAUAGUAAAACAUACAAGAAGAGUACAUAAAGCACCCAUAAAACGGCUGUCAGAUGCUAUCAUAAACCAUAAGCAAAAGAAAUCUUACUUGUUGAGUCAAAGUGCUUUAUUCGAAAAACAGAAAUACGAUAAAAUUCCUUUUCAGAAUGAGCUUUCAAAUUCAUCUUCAAAUAUGGUUUGUGAGAUUCCAGAAAAAGUAACUAAACUAGUCUGUUUGUCUCAUGAUGUAGAAUGUAGUGUAAAUGCAGCAUCAGUCCCGGAUAAAACAGUAUUGGAGUCAUCUGAAAUAAGUGUAUGUGAGAAUCAAAGUGUGGAAGUUGAGGUUUAUUCUCCAAAAAUGGAGCCAUUACAACCUGGGAUGCCUUUAACAGUAAUUGCACCGUCUGAAUUUGUAGUUCCCUCUAACUGUUUAGCUCAGAUAGUAGAGAUUAAAAUAGCAAAUGGAGCGCAACAGCUUGUUCUUAAGCUAAUUCCUAUCAAAGAAGGAACUUGCAAACCUGUGAACAGCGCUGAAGAGGAACUUGAGAAUCAAGGUACAGAACUAUCUGCAGAAGGAAAAAAAACAUCUAAUGUUUCUCAAAAUGAGUUACUAACCAUGGAAGUGAAUGUAGACAAAUUAUCAAGCAUUAGUAACCAGCUUAAUUUGGACAGUACGUAUGACAAGAUUUCUGAAUGUCUUUUUUCUGAUUCUCAACUCUCGGACUGUAAUUCUGCAUCUGUACAGAAGGAAGAUGCAUCAAAAUUAUGCUUCCAUUUGGUGAAAGGUAUUGAUGUCCAUUCAGGUGUCAUAGAACUUUGUUCUUCACCUCUGGUGGUGAACAGUACUGAAAAAAAUCCUGAUCUUAAAUCCUCAGGUUGGGAAGUAGAUAGAAAAAAUAGCUUACAUAGUGACUUGCAUUGUUAUGAAGAAGGUGUGGCUAUACCCGCUCCAAAACACGCUGUUUUUGAAGAGAAAAGUUCCAAGAACGUUUCAGUAGAGGCUGUUCGGGAGGGCAAAAAUUCUUCCUCUUCUGCAGUCUUAAAACAAAAGGAAACAUUGCCUCUAAAGAGGGAUGAAAAAGAAUGUAGGAGUCUGCCAGUCAGCUGUACAGAAACACAUUUAGCUGGCAAGAGCUCUGAUAAAAAACCUGUUCUAUCUUCUGAAGCAGGGAAAAACUUCCAUGUCACUAAAACUCCACCUUGCGAGCACGUGACUUUUGGCUUUAGCAAAGAAAUGAGAACUGAAACCAUAAGUCAAAGGAACAAUCUUCUUCUGGAAUCAUUGGAACUACAGAAGGUGGAAAAUAAGGGCAACCUUUUUGAGGGACCUGUUAUUUCGUCUGUAUUUUCUCUUAGCUCUGGGGCUGAAAAUGUUCCAGAUGGUGUCAGAUGGGAUGAUGCAACACACAAUAAGAAGUCAGCAACGUUGCUGUGUAGAAAGAUUGCCCAGCUCAUGUCUGCUGCCGAGUCUAACAUGAAAUCCAUGCCUGUGAGAUGUCAGGCUUCUAGUAAAAAGAUGUUUUCCCCUCAAGAAAAUUCAGCAAGCUGCGAGAGGGUUGUUCCUGCUACUAAAGUGGAACAGUCUGCCUGUUUGCCUCAAGUGCAUGGUGAAAACAGUGUGAUCGCUAGUGAAGAACACAGUGAAGGUCAGCUGCUUACAUUUUCAAGAACAUCUAAAAGCAGGGUAACUAAAAAUUCUCAUGUUGCUACUCCAGUGUUUAUCCCCAAAGGGACAAUGCUGAGAGUGCUGAAGGCUACUAACAGUCAAAACUCAAGUGGAAUAGAAAACAGGAGUGAAAUGUCAGCUCCUUCUGUGUAUUGCAGUGAGAUGUUUCUGCCUCGUCCCGUUCCUGUCAGUGGUUCUGAGACACAGAGCAGUAAUUUGCCAUAUUUGCCUAAUCAGAGUGAACUGAGUGCUCGGUCCCGAAGUAUAUCACUCAGGCAAAGACCAAAGCGAGAGGCAGGUGUUAAAAAUAGUAGGAAACAAGCUAAUGUACCAUUUCAGAAAAGCAGUGGUGGAAAUAAGCAAAGCAAACCCUACUCAAGAAGUCAACUAGGUCCCAGAAAUAAGGCGAAGCAAGCAAGCAUCAGGGAACUUCCUAAGAGGAAGAUGAGAACUCAGUCAGAAAGCAGUUCAAGUUCUGACAUGUCGUAUCUGUUGACAGCAAGGCGUCUUCGGCUUGUCCCUCUCAGAAUGAAUCAAUUAAUAAAAUGCCCUCGUCGUAACCAGCCAGUUGUGGUUCUAAACCAUCCGGACGUUGACUCGCCAGAGAUAAUUAACGUCAUGAAGACUAUCAACAAGUAUAAAGGUCAAGUCCUGAAGGUAGUUCUAUCAGAAAGGACAACCAGUUGUCUUGGUGUCAAGCGUUAUCGGAAGCGUCUUACUCUUCAAAAUGGUGAGACAGGAAACCAAGCAAAAAAGCGGAGUAUGUUAAAAAUGAAACUAAAAAAGACCCAUAAAAACAACUACCAGGUGGUGGAAACUUCACCACCUGAAACACUUCAGUGUAUGUUUAAGUGUUGGUUCUGUGGAAGAGUAUAUAUGGACCAAGAAGAAUGGAUUAGUCAUGGACAGAGGCACUUGAUAGAGGCAACCAAGGGUUGGGAUGUUCUUUCUCUUCCAGCAAAAAAGCAUUAACUGAGAGGCUAGAGGAGGAUUGCCUUCUUAUUUUUAAGUAGUGCCGCUAACUUGCUUGGAAAGGAAGAUUGACACAACUUAUUUUGCCAAAAGGUCUCUGCUGUUAGAAAAGUGGGAGAGCAAAGCAGAGCAGAGUUACAGAGAGACAAAGAAACCAGUAGUGAGGAUUAAGCACUGCUUUGCACUGUUAUGUUUGGAAUUUGUAUUGAAGGUCAACUUUAUCUGCUCCAUAGGAGAAAUUUGAAAAAGACUUGCUAUGCAAACAUCUUUCUGGUUACCAUUCUCCAUGCUAGGAUACUGUGCUGUAACUGGUUUUUGCUAAGUCUCUGGAUUAAAAUCUCUGACGAUGAGAUCUUUGUAGAUUUAAAGGGUUUAGUUUGCUUUAUUACAGCAUGGUGUUUCAGAGAUCAAGUAUACAUGUACUGAGGAGCACCUUUGAUCCUCUGUGGGCAGCAAGUGUAUCUCAUAGAUUUUAAUGGCAAAUUAAACUCCAUGCAUAAGAAAUAAAACUUUAAAUGCAAGUACUCUGUUUCAGUGAAACACAAACACUUCUGCUGACCUCAGAGUAGAUACAGAGGUGUAAAUGAAAAAUCUGUGGGAUUAAAAACUACUUCCACUAGGUCAGAUAGCACUAAAAAGUUUAAUGUUGUUUAGUACUUAGUCUUUACCUAGCCUGUAUUGUGUAGAUGUGAGGAAAAAGAGCAGAACACUGACAGCUUUCUUUACCAUCUUUGUUGAACAGGCAGAGCUGGAGAUACCCUUCAAGGCAUGGACUGCUAGGAGAGAGAAGCUUUUCUGUGUAUGGUCUCAAGGCUGAUAGAAACACAUUUGCAGAAUUGGGCAUUUGAUUAGAACUCUAGUAAGCAAGUUAAUACUUCUUUACAGGGAGAACUUGCUAAAGACUUUUCAAAAUGAAAAACCAUGUUGCACAGCUUUUAUAUUGACAGUGUUGAAACAGAUUUUCAGUGCAAUCUUUCAUUCUAGAAUUUGCGUGUUGUGAGACUACAUUUUUUGUAGGCCUCAAUUCUUAUAAGCAUGUGCCUAGUUACAUAUGUACGUCUGAUGUGUAUCUACCGACUUCAGUGCAGUGUAAAUGUUGUUCAGUUGCUUAAACACUUUCCUAUGUCAGGGCCAAAUUUCAGGUUUUUAGUUGAGAAGAGGGAUGGGUGAUACUGAAGUCUGAUGUUUCUGUACAUGAACAAUAGCUGUCUUUCUUCAUCUUGUCAGUUUGAAAUUGUUUUGAAAUUGUUUUAAAAUUGUAUUGAAUGAACUAUAUUGAAGCACAUAGUUACAAUUAAAAUAACUUCUUAAAUUUUUACAGAUAAGAAAGUCAAUAUUGAUUCAAAUGCUGGAUGUGUGUUCUAUGUUUGAACUGGGACUAUUGAAACAUGGGUAGUUCCUGACUUUUUCACUGUUGAUGCAUUUUUGUAAACGAUUUAAGCUGGGAAUAUUUUUUUUUAUAUACUCUAGCAGAUUAUACAUUUUUUUUAUAAAGUAUGUAUUGUUAUCUGUAUUGAAAUGUAAAUAUUUUUAAAACUACAUCUGACUGAGGUUUAUUUUCAAAACCAGUUAAAACCUUGCUUUCCAGUCAUUUUGCAAUACAGUGUUAAAAUCCUUCAGAUAGUUGGUGCUUUAAUUCAGAUUUUUUCAUGAUGCUCACAUUGAAAAAUUUUGUAUCAUUAAUAUUGGACUGACCUGUUCCACAGAACAAACUUCCUUUUAUCUGUUUUGUCGAUAAUAAUGAAAUGACAGUUCUCAUUUUGUAUUCAAAUGGAAUUAUAUUUUUUUAGUGGGUACACUAGAGGAUUUUUUCACUUCAUAUACUUUGAUGCCAAACCUAACAAUACUAUUUGCAUUUUUGAUUGUGAAAAUAUCUUCCAUUUUAAAAUUCUGGCAUAUCACAUCUAAUAAAUAUUGCAAUUCUUAACGUAAGAAAAAAAAAUGAUUGAAAUUCCUCCUUUGAACUUCUUCAGUUCAGUUUACUGUUUGAAUUAAUUUUGUCUCUGCAGAAGUUACUAAAUAAAUAGUUUUGAAUUUGCUUUGUGAGAGUUGUCACUGGCAAAAUUAGAACAUUCCUUAUGAAGGCUGUAAUGGUGGGCCAGGGGAAGUGUUGCUGCUCAUCAGUGUAAACUGCAGGUAGUUUUCCUUAUGCUAGUAAUGCUUGUCUUUUGUGAACAAGUUUACUGUUUUAGUAAACAUCUGCAAAGCUUUAUAUGUCACUGCCAUAAUCUGCUACCUAAAUUGUUAAGAUGUGGCUUUUUCAUGGGUUUAAUUCAGAAAAUAUUUUUGUUUUAACAUGAAAACAUUUUGUAAGUUAAGUUGUAUGGUGGCUGUGAAACUCUUAAAGCAGCAUGAUAUCACACUGCUUAUCCUUUUCAUGAGCUCUGCUGUCAAACUCUGCUGAGCAGCUUCUAUGCUGUUAAUUUUCAUUCUUCUUUAUACAUAAUGUCAUGUCAGAAUAAUUUCUUUCAAGUUUAACAGUCUCAGUGUUUGGGAGAAAUAGUCAUAAUGAAUGUGCUCUUGCAUUUUGCUGCAGCAUUGAGAAAUCAAAAAGUUGCAAGGAAAUAACAGGCAACUGCUAAAUUUAUUUUUACAGCUACUUUGUGUCACUACAUAUUAUAUCCUAAACUGGGUUGAAAUGUCAAGUUUUGAUCUCGAGUGAUUUUAUUCUUCUUGUUCCUAUUCUGCAAGGAUAAAGUAAUGGAAGUUGCUUUCUUGGUAGAUUCCAAUAAUCUAAUCAAACUUCUCUGCGUGCUUAGAAAGGAAGAUUACGGAUGCUUUGCAGAAAAAUACAAAAUUUUGCCUUUUUUUUUAUAAUGAAUGUAGUUAAGCCUUCCAAAACUCAGAUUGUAUGAAUAAAUAUUAUUGUAUGUUUUGUUUGAAAAAUA